AUCCUCCGGUUGAUAACUUUGAAUUGGAAAAAAGGCUCUGCUUCUGAAACCCAAAAAAUGCCUAAGAAAUCCCUCCAUGAUUACCUCUCCAAGAUCAAAAUAUCCUCUCCAAAUCUUCCUCUUUCCUCCUCUAAACGUAUUCUCUCUGGAUGCAAGCACCCGAAGACCCUGUCAUUUGCCGUGGACAACACUCGAAAACAAGACGGUGAUGGCGGUGGUAACGAGGAGGCGGCAGCCACACUCGCCGAUAUCGACCGGUUUCUCUUGGAGAAUUUCAAGUCUCUUUAUAUUAAAGACGAGCAACAGAAUGAGAAAAAGGGUGAGGGUCAAGUUGAUCAAGUUAAAAGCCCAAGGGGGAUUUUGUUUGAGUCUCCAAGGUUCGUUGACCCACCGCCUGGCCUCCGAGGAUCCAGCCGGUUUUUCGUGGCUCCAGGCGUGACUGGCUCUCUCAUGGAGGAGGCACGGACGAGCCUCACCAGCCUCAACUCGGAAGACCACAAUGGCUCAAGCUCGACCUCCACAAAUACCACACUUAACGAAAACUCCUCUGCUAAAAGUACAGUGACAAAACUUGCCUAUAGUGACAUUAGCUCAAAUGAUUCCAGGGACGUCACGACCGAGACCCUCCCUCAAGAGUGCAUUGCGGUGCUAACGUACUCCCCGGAUCCAUACAACGACUUCCGCCGCUCCAUGCAGGAAAUGGUGGAUGCACGAAUGCAGCAUCAGGGGAAGCUCGACUGGGACUUCAUGGAAGAGCUCCUGUUAUCUUACUUAAACUUGAAUGAGAAGCAGUCUCACAGGUUCAUAAUGUGUGCUUACGCCGAUCUGGUCACUUUUCUCCGUCAAAGGGAGCGAAGAGCUCCGGUAAAAUCAAGGAGAACUCGAUAUACGAGCGAAAGGAAAAGGAAAACAACGAGGUUUGAGGAGGAGACGUGAGGAGUUGGCAACCAGAUGAAGGGUACCUUCUUCCAUUCGUAGUUUUAAAAACUUGUCUUUCGCCCUCAGACCUUAGCAUUACGGUUUUUCUAAUCUAAUAUACAAAGUCAAAUGUGGGCUUUUCAAGAACAUGGUGAUUUGUUUAUGAUUUAGGUUUGUAUAGUGGUGGUUUAAUUGGUGUUAGAUUUGGUGUGAGAAACUAGGGAAGAAGGUGAGUUGUUUUUACGUUGUCUAUUGCUUGUUCCCAAGGAAUUUUGUAUGGUAAUUGGUAUUGUACGUAGUUCCUGGGAAAUAUAAAUCAACAUUCACA